AUGGUGAGGCACCUGGUCCCCCGCCUGCCGGCCCUCCCUGUCUGCCUCGCCGUGGUCCAGCUGCUCAGCCCCUGCUCAGCUCAGUUUGCUGUGGUUGGACCCCCCGAGCCCAUCGUGGCCAUCGAAGGUGAAGACGCUGAGCUGCCCUGUCACCUGUCCCCGGAGAUGAGCGCUGAGACCAUGGAGCUGAUCUGGGAGCGAGCCAGCCCCAGGCAGGUCGUGCACACGUACGCACACGGGCAGGAGGACACGCCGGCAGCAGAGUAUCGAGGGAGAACUUGGAUUUCAAGAGAGGACAUCACUGUGGGGAAGGCUGCUCUCUGGAUUCGGGACAUCAGAGCCUCUGACAGAGGAACCUACCGGUGUUAUUUCCAAGAUGGAGACUUAAGUGAAAAAGCCAAGGUGGAGCUGAAGGUUGCAGGCCCCUUCUUCCGGAGCGCGCAGCCCUGGGUGGUGGCCUUCGCGGUGACCCUGCUGGUUCUGCUGGUGACCCUGGCGGGGGCAGGGAGUUUCCUUUGGAGACAGCAGAGGAAGACCGAGGUUCUGAGGCAGGAGAAGAUGAGGGAGCAAAGAAACACCGAAAGGCUGCAGGACGAACUCAGUAAGUCCCGAUCCCCAGCCCCGCGCAUCCUGGGGACCCUGGUGACACACGUCACCGACUCCUCCUGUUGUACCCUGCAGGGUGGAGAAGAUUCCAGUACGGACCACGUGAGUGCCCCGGACCCCCAUCUCAGCCUCUCUGCUCUGAUAUUUCAGCCCCUUCCGUCCCCCCUAACCGCCCAGGGGAAGGAUGAGGACGCUGGUGGGGUGACCAGGCAGGGGUUUGUCUCAGUGGGGAAGGGGCUGCGGGUGUUUCUCCACCAGGGGACGCUCGAUGCGGGUGAGCAGUCUCUGGCCUAUGCAGAGUGGAAGACGGCCCUCUUCCAGCCUGCGGAUGUGUUUCUGGACCCAGACACGGCGUAUCCUGACCUCCAUGUUUCUGAGGACAAGAGGAGCCUGCAGCCAUCAUUCACACGGCAGAACCUGUCAGAAAACCCUGAGAGAUUUUGUGGGAAUCACUGUGUGCUGGGCUGUGAGACAUUUAUAUCUGGGAGACACUUCUGGGAGGUGGAGGUGGGGGGCAGGGCACAGUGGUAUGUUGGGGUGUGCAGGGAGAACGUGGAGAGAAAACACCGGGUUAACAUUAACCCAGAGAAUGGAUUCUGGGUCAUGGGGCGGUAUCCUGGGAGUGACUACCGAGCUCUCACAUAUCCCCGGACCACACUGACCAACGUGAGCCCCCCUGAGAGGGUGGGGGUUUUCCUGGACUGGGAGCUGGGGGAGGUCUCGUUCUACAAUGCCCUCGACGGGUCUCACAUCUUCACCUUCCCGCACACCCGCUUCUCUGGGCCUCUGAGGCCUGUUUUUGAUACUUGGACCUUGGAUCCCACUCCCUUGACCAUUUGCCCAGCGCAGAAAGCAAUGGGGGGGUCCCUUGUGCCUGACCCAGGGCCUGACCCUUCCCUGGAGACCCCAGUGUCCCCGGGCUCAGCUGGUGGGAAUGGGGACCCUCAGGCUGAAGAAACGUCUCUGCUUCUCGCUGCCCCGCCUGGGGCUGAGGGCCUCCUGGACAGCAAACCUCUCAGCAGGAAGGGACUGAGGACGUAGAGAAGGGACCAGCAGCCACUUUCUGAACCAGCCUGUGACUCGUGGGCACAGAGCAGACCC